UCGCCUAUAUCUUUUAUUUGAUUCUUCUGUCGAUUGCGACAUGAUUUGCUUCCGUACAGCUUUCAUUUUAAUUCUUGGAGUAGUGAUAGGCACGACAGCAAAACGACACAAUGUUCGAAGGCAUGUCAAUGGUAAAUGGACUGAUAAACAUUGUGAAGAACCACCUAGUUUGAAAGAGGAUCUUGCUACAUGGAUGCAAAUUUCAAUGAGUGGUCAAUUUGAUGAUACAGCAUUAGAGGAAUGGAGUACAAAUGGUAAAGAACCUGAGAUCUGUGAGAAAUCUCCAAAAGCUGAUGGAGUUACUACGAUUAUGGAGAGAGCUCUAUGUCCAUGGGAUAGCAGAGUCAACUACCAAGAGAGCCGAGAACCUAAAUUGAUUGCUGAAUCAGUUUGUCUAUGCCGUAAGAGCCGUGGUUCUACAGGAGCUUUCUGUAUGCCAAUUGUUCGAAAAGUUCCAAUUCUCCGACGUGUCUCUUGUGAUCGUUCAACAGGUUUAUGGAAUUAUGUAAGAUCAACUGAGCUAAUAACUGUUGGAUGUCAUUCUGUAUUGCCAAGAACUCAAAGAGCAGCACGUCUUGCCCAUUUAUCAUCUUCUCGUAUUAUUGUUUAAUCAUUUUUGGGCUUUAUUUAUUUUUAUAUUAUAUAUUUUUACUUUGUUUUAUUCUCAUUUCUUGUCAUUUCUCGUUGUCAUUUUCUAAUUACGGUUUAAUUAUGUUGUCUUUCAAAUAAUCCAAUUUACGGGUGUUCUUCAAAACCUUAUUCAAACUUUCAAUAAAACUUCCAAUUUAUUU